AGUACAACAAUAGAACAGAAGAACACAAAUCGGCAUAGAGAGUGAAGCCAGGCAGUGUCAGGGUAAAACAGUAAUUUUAUCUUCUUUUGCUACCGACGAUUCGUCUCGACUCGGUGACGAUACUCGAAAUUUUGUAUAGUAACAUCACUCUCUCCUGCCUGCCUGCGUAUCUUUCUUUUUCCUUCUCCAAUUCCACUUCUCCCACUCAUCGUAUUGUUAUUUUUCGCACCAAAAUAAAAAAAUUAGGGUUUUUGAAUUCAAUUUUUCCCCCAAUAAAAGAAUCAGAACGAAUUACAAAUUAGAGGUUCUGUUUUCUCAACUUUUGCGAUCCGAUUUGAGUUAUCAUUUGGGAUUGAGUCAAUUCCUAAUUUUGGCUAAACCUUUGGGUUUUGUUGGUAAAUAUUGAAUUGGAUCAGAGUUAACAAAGCUAAUGGAUGUGGACGGAGGGGGAAACAAGCGCGUCUUCCAGCGGCUGACCGGUCCUUCCACGGACUCAAAGCACCAAAAGGUCUGUUACCAUUGGAGAGCAGGCAAGUGCAAUCGCUUCCCCUGCCCCUUUCUUCACAGAGAAUUACAUCCACCGGCGGUGCACCCUCCUAAUGGAACGGCACCGUCUUCGUCGAAACGCCACCACGCCUUUGCUGCCUCCGCCGAAGAUCAUUCGGGUCCCCGCCGCGGCCCGCAUCAUAACACAUGGGGUAGAGUCCAUGGUGGCAACGUCGGUGGCAAUAAAUUUGUCAGGAAGACGGACAAGGUUUGUAAUUAUUGGAUUCAAGGGAACUGUACUUAUGGCGAUAAGUGCAAGUUUUUGCAUUCGUGGACUAUGGGGGAUGGCUUCUCAUUGUUGACGCAGCUGGAGGGACAUCAGAAUGUUGUAACCGGGAUUGCUCUACCAUCUGGGUCUGAUAAGCUUUAUACUGGGAGCAAAGAUGAGACAGUGCGGAUAUGGGAUUGCCAGUCCGGACAGUGCACAGCUGUUAUUCAGCUUGGUUGUGAAGUGGGCUGUAUGAUCAGUGAAGGUCCUUGGAUUUUUGUUGGUAUACUGAACAUGGUGAAGGCAUGGAAUACUCAAACUAACACAGAAUCAAGUCUUACCGGGCCUGUGGGACAAGUAUAUUCCCUUGUUGUGGGUAAUGAGUUGCUCUUUGCUGGUAUUCAGGAUGGAUCUAUACUAGUGUGGAAAUUUAAUGUAGCUACCAAUUGUUUUGAACCACUUACAUCACUCAAAGGUCACUCACUUCCUGUUGUUUCAUUAGUAGUUGGGGCUAACAGGCUCUACUCGGGUUCCAUGGACCAUUCCAUAAAGGUUUGGAGCCUCGAAACAUUGCAGUGUUUACAGACACUGACAGACCAUAAUGCUGUGGUGAUGUCUGUUCUUUGCUGGGAUCAGUUUCUUCUAUCAUGUUCUUUAGACCAAACAAUAAAGGUGUGGGUUUCUUCACAAAAUGGAGGCUUGGAAGUAACAUAUACCCACAAUGAAGAGCAUGGUGUUCUUGCUCUUUGUGGUAUGCAUGAUUCAGAAGGCAAACCGGUGUUGUUAAGUUCUUGCAAUGACAACUCUGUCCGCCUCUAUGAUCUGCCAUCGUUUUCUGAGAGGGGAAAAUUUUUCUCUAAACAGGAGGUACGGUCGAUUCAGGUAGGCCCUGGUGGCCUAUUUUUUACUGGAGACGGAACGGGUCAAGUGAGAGUAUGGAACAUGUUAGCUGAUACAGCUUCCACUGCCUGAUAGAAGGCAUUAUAAUGGGUGGGCACUAUGUAUCUUGAUUUAUUAAUGAGCUUUUUUUUCCCUCCUUUUUUAGGAUCCUUUGUAAUGUUUAGGUUGGAGGAGGAAUAAUAUUUUUUUUCUUCCCCUGGUUUGGGAUUGAAUUAAGAGUUGAGGAGUUUUUGGGUUUUUGAAGAGUUAGAAUUUAGUGAUAUCAACUUACUUCUGCCAUGGUUAUAGAGAAUGAUUUUGUCCCAUUUCGAGAAGUUGCAACUUCCGGACAAAUCUUCUUAAAAAUAGAGCAUAUAUUUAUAUAUAGCCUUGUAUUUUAACUGUUCACUGCAGUGAAUGUGUAUGCAGUGGAUCAAACAUUAUUGUUAGACAUUUGUUCGUAAGAGAGUGAGCUAGUUACUUACCAUUGUGAAAUCACUUCAUGAAUUCUCGGCCUGAAGAAAUAAAACAAGAAGGAAAAGAACUGAAUUCAUACA